UGCUGACGCAGGGCGCGCGGUGACGAGCGGCGCGCGCCGGCAGGAUGCGGAAGCCCCGCUCCGGGCUGCCAGUCUGGGUGAGCAGCGCCGGUCUCCGCGGCCGCCGUCAUGGCUGUGUGGAGCGGGCCGGCGUGCGCGGGCUUUCUGGCGCUGGCCGUCGGCUGCGUGCUGCUGCUGCAGCCCGAGCUCCCCGGCUCGGCGCUGCGCGCGCUCUGGGGCCCCGGGCUCUGGGCGCCCCCGUCCGGGGGGGCUUCCGCCGAGGGUCGUCUGGCCGCGGCCUGGGAGGCGCUCAUCGUGCGCCCCGCGCGGCCGUGGAGCCGCGUGGCCGUGGGGGUUAAUGCCUGUGUGGACGUAGUCCUCUCAGGAGUGAAACUCUUACAAGCGCUUGGCCUCAGUCCUGGUAAUGGAAAAGAUCAUAGUGUCUUACAUUCAAGGGAAGAUCUGGAAGAAGCUUUCAUUCAUUUCAUGGGCAGAGGAGCAGCUGCUGAGCGCUUCUUCAGUGAUGAGGAGGCUUUUCACAACAUCUCCCAGAUUGCAUCUGCCCUCCCAGGAGCCCAGCACUAUGUUGGAGGAAAUGCAGCUUUAAUUGGGCAGAAGCUUGCAGCAAAUUCAGAUUUGAAGGUUCUUCUUUGUGGUCCAGUUGGCCCCAAGCUACACCAACUUCUUGAUGACAAUAUAGUUGUUCCCCCAGAAUCAAUGCAAGAAGUAGAUGAGUUCCAUCUCAUUCUGGAGUAUCAAGCAGGGGAGCAGUGGGGACAAUUGACUGCACCCAAUGCCAACCGAUUCAUCUUCUCCCAUGAUCUGUCCAAUGGAGCUAUGAAUAUGCUGGAAGUAUUUGUGUCCAGUCUUGAAGAGUUUCAACCAGAUCUUGUGGUCCUCUCUGGAUUGCAUAUGAUGGAAGGACAGAGCAAAGAGAUUCAGAAGAAGAGACUUCUAGAGGCUGUGAUUUCUAUCUCAGAUAUACCCACUGACAUUCCAGUUCACUUAGAAUUGGCCAGUAUGACUGAUCGAGAACUCAUGAGCAAUAUUAUGCAUCAGCAGGUUUUCCCUCUGGUGAAUUCCCUUGGAUUGAAUGAACAGGAGCUGCUCUUCCUUAGCCAGUCAGCUUCAGGUCCUCAUUCAUCUCUGCUGGCGUGGAGUGGUGUCCCUGACGUGGGGGUGGUCAGUGACAUUCUCUUCUGGAUCUUGAAGGAGCACGGCAGGAGUCGAGAGAGAGCGUCAGAUCUCACGCGGAUCCAUUUCCACACUCUAGCCUACCACAUCCUGGCCACCGUGGACGGGCACUGGGGGAACCAGCUCGCCUCCGUGGCUGCAGGAGCCCGGGUAGCAGGAACGCAGGCCUGUGCGUCAGAAACGAUCGAUGCCGGCCGGGUGUCCCUCAAGGCUCCCUUAGAGUUUCUGACUUCUCAUUCAGAGGCAGGCUCUAAGGUGUCUAUCAAUCCAGAUGAGCCAGUAGUUGAGUGGCACCGAGAGGGAAUCUCUUUUCACUUCACCCCUGUCCUGGUUUGUAAGGAUCCCAUCCGAACUGUGGGCCUCGGGGAUGCUAUUUCAGCAGAAGGACUGUUCUAUUCUGAAGUAUACCCUCAUUGAUGUGAACAGGGGCAUGUAUCGGGCCUCUGAGGAAUUAUAAAUGGCUUGAGAAUUUCAGAUCAAUAGAUGGUAUAAGAAAUAGAAUUUAGGAUGUUUAAGGAAGUUCUAGGUCUAAUUGGAGGAUAGCCAAAGAAAUAACUGUAUCAACACAUUCCAGCCUAUUGGCAAUGGCACAGGAAGCAUUUCAGAUUUUAAUCAAGGAGUUUUAGCUCUUUACUGGUAAGACUGGAGUAUGUGUGCGUAUGCGUGUGUGUGUGUGUGUGUGUGUGUGUGUGUGCGUGCGUGCGCAUGUGUGGGUGCACAUUUCAGGGAAGAAAUCCCCCUUCUGUGCAGAAGGUCACUGGUUCAUUUAAUCCAUCUCAGCAUAAUUGAAAGCCUUGGCAGUUGGAAGGAGGGUUUCCCUCAGCCCGUCCUGAAGAGCAUGCUGCCCAGCCUUUGCUCCUGCCUUCUCUAAGCCUAGUCAAAGACCCUUGAAUCAGCUCCUAGGAAGUAGUUCAUUGCUCAGUGGCUGGAGCAAAACUUCCAUUCGUUUUGAUGAUCAAAACAUUCAACGAGAAGAACCUCCUAACCUUCUGCUCCAGCAAAAUAGGAAGAAAGUGGGGGGCCUGCUGUGUUUAGAUGCAGGCAAGCCGGAGACACAUGCCCUGGCCCCUCGAAGCUUUGGCGGGUUGGCUUUGUGUCAUCGUGGGGGGAAGGGAAGAUGCCCUCCCUUCCUCUCCUUCGAUGACUGCAAGGGCUGCCUCUGCACAUGGGUUGCUUAGUGAGAUCAGAGCGUUUAUAGGCUUAUGCUUGGCCUUGUUGUCCAACUUAAGACUAAGUUAUUGCAAUAGGAAAUCUGACCUUUGAUUACUCUCAUCCUUCUUUAUGUGACUGGAAUAUGCUUCCCUGUCCCCGAUAGGUUCCUUUUCUCAAUCAUGUGACACAAACUUAAUUCCGUUAAAAGGUGCAAGUUGACCUCAUCAGAUGCUGCAAGAAGAGCACCUAAGUAUUACAUCACCAGGAUUAUGAAAGAUGAUUUACCACAAGUUAUAUUAUGUAUUUAUUUUUAUAACAUAAGGAAUUUUUUUGUGUGCUUUAAAAAUUUUUUUAAACAAUUUAUACUUCAUUUCCCUCAAGAUAAGAACUUUUUCUGUUUCUAUUUUGGGAAACAAUAGGAAGUGGCUAUGUGUUACAGGGAUGCAGAUAAAAUGUAAAUUCACUUCUACCUGGAAAUGUGAAUUAGGUUGUCCCCCAUUUUGGAUAUCUGUUACUUCCCUUCCCCUCCCCAAGCCUUAUGUUACAUUAUCCUUUACAAUGUGUCUGAAUUGGAUGGAGCCCAGCCUUUCACAAGUAAUGGAUGUCAUGGGACGUGUCCAGGUGGAGGGGAGUGGUAUGAGGAGGAAGCAGCCACAGGGCUACAGUGACCCUUGGGCACUUCCAUCUCUCAGUGGAUCUCUGGCCUUUUGUUCUUUGCCACAACAGCAGAGCCAGAAAUAAAGCCGCAGGGAGGCAUUUGGAGCAGGCCCCCAGCAGUGUUUUCUUUGACUGUUAACUUUUAAUCACUUGCCAGCAUGUCAUGGGAGCAUCUCCCUUUUGGAGCCCCAGGUCCCUAGGAUGAUUUCUUUCCUUAUAGACUCCCUGGUAUUUGCCCGGGGCUCUCGGGCCAGGACUUGCUCCUGCAUCAGAAUCCUGACUGAACAAUACUUAGGGUUGGGGAGGAGUGGGACUGGAGGAAUUUCUCCCAGGGAGUUCUGCUGUACACGGUGAGGAGAACAUGGUGCUGAUGAAAACCUAACCAUUACCGACCCUUGUCCUUACUUCCCUCCUCCCCCGUCACCCCUCUACUUUUGGACGAUCAGUGUGCCAUUUGUUUUCAUUUGUUGAGGUAGAGUGAACUCAUUUGUUCCACAACAGUUGGACUAACUCAUUUACAAUUUAAAACUUGGAGAGAUCAUUACAGUCUUCCAAGAAAGGGAAGGAAAGGGGGCAUCUUAAAUAAACCAACAAUCUGUUUUCUGCGUG